AUGGCAAUCUUCCUCAUGGUGGCGCUCUCGACCUCCCACAUUGCAUCCUCACUCCGCCCAGGCCUCGGUGUUUGCCGUGCAAGCGGCUACCUUCCGGGAAAAUCAGGGAACUGUGAGAGGAGCAACGAUCCGGACUGUUGUGAGGAUGGCAAGAAGUACCCGCAGUUCCAUUGCUCGCCACCAGUCACGGCGAGCACAAAGGCCGUCCUAACUCUCAACAGUUUCGAGAAGGGCAAGGACGGCGGUGGUCCGUCGGAGUGUGACAAUGCCUACCAUAGUGAUAAGGAGAUGGUUGUCGCGCUGUCAACCGGCUGGUUUAAUAACAUGGAUCGUUGCGGGCAUCGCAUCAAGAUCAGUGCCAAUGGCAAGUCCGUGUAUGCCAAGGUGGUGGAUGAGUGUGACUCCGUGUAUGGCUGCGAUGAAGAUCACAACUAUGAACCCCCUUGUGCCAACAACAUUGUCGACGCCUCUCCUGCAGUGUGGAAUGCCCUAGGGCUAGACCAGAAUAUUGGGAUGGAGGGCAUCACCUGGUCCGAUGGCGACAGUUGA